UUCGCCCUCAGUAGACGAACGCGUUGCCACUGCGGCGGUGUAAGUUAACAGGAAGGGGUGGCAGGGAGGAGGAGUCGCUGCUGCGGUAGAAGUGUUCGUGCUCCCCGCCGCAAAAGCUCGCCUUCCCCUCACUGUCCAAAGCUCAGCCGAAGGACCUGCCUCCGCGUUGUGGUAAACUUCUUUAAAUCCAACAUGUAUCGGUAUUUCGGGGAGUUACUAUCCCGAGGAGCGGGCUGCGUCCUGGCCUCUGGGUCUACCGCCGCUGCUGCCGAUACUGCUCUGCCCGCGACCGCGUCCCUACUGCGCUACCGUGGCUACAGCCAGGCCGUGGACCAGGAUGACGACCCAAACUUUUUUACCAUGGUGGAGGGCUUCUUCGACCGGGGCGCUGCAAUCGUGGAGGACAAGCUGGUGGAGGGCCUGAAGACCCGGGAGAGCCCCGAGCAGAAGAGGAAGCGCGUCCGCGGUAUCCUAAAGAUCAUCAAACCGUGUAACCACGUCCUGAGCGUCAACUUCCCCAUCAAGAGGGACAGCGGCGAGUGGGAGAUGAUCGAGGCGUACCGCGCUCAGCACAGCCAGCACCGCACGCCCUGCAAGGGAGGUGAGUGCUGCACACCGGCCCCGCACACUGGGACCAUCACAACACACAGCUUUAACUUAUCUAUGAAAUCAAUAUGACCGGAUCUACGGUAUCACAACAUCAAAGUUUUCUGAUCAUCAGAGGGACCUCACAGAGACCGAGAGGGAGGAAUGAGAAUAAAGACGAACCUCUCAGAAAGUUCAAAGACCUAACGCUCAUUACAUUAAUAAUAAUAAUAAUAAUAAUAAUAAUAAUAAUAAUAAUAAUAAUAAUAAUAAUACUAAUGAAGUAAGAAGAAGAAGAAAAUAAUAACAAUGGUGAUUUAAAGAGGGGACUCUCCACUUCCAAAGAGGAAAAAAAUCUUGACAAAUUGUGAAGUAAAUAAAUAAAUAAACUACACAACUCAGUUAAAUUCAUAAACUGAGGCAAGGGUGGUCCAUCAGAGAAACAUUUUUCUCUCUCUCUUAUUUUUAGUUUGUUGACCCCUGAGGUGUCUUUGGUGACCUCUGUGGGGUCCCAAGUCUCAGGCUCGUAAACAUGCAGGGUUAUCAUUAGCAAAACAAAGACACUAAAAGAUUAUUGUAAAAAUGUGUGAACUGAAUGAAGACUAAUAAACAGAUUCAGCCUCAGACAGUGAAAGUUUAUUCAAAUGACUUAAGUUUAAUGAAAAUGGGAUUUAAAUAAAAAUGAUAAAGCAGAAAAAAAAGAAUUGAAACAGCAGGUGAAGGUGCAGUGAUGCUACUUUAUCAAUGAAGUUUUGUUUCAUAUCAGAUUAAAUGUUUUCAAAAUGAAUUUAAUAAGUUGCAGCAGCUCUUUAGACAGUGUGUUGAGUCUCUUUUUGUAUUAUAGGGUGUUCAGGUUUGACCUGAAUGCUGUCGUUGCUCUCUUUCAGAUCAAACUGAGCUUAGACGUGACUGUUAAUCCACAGGUGGAUCUUCCACCUAUAACACAAAGGCUCAGGUGUAUCAAAGCGUUGUUUAAGCUGUGGGAUGUACCUAAGUGACAUCACAGUGGUACAUGAGUGACAUCGCUUAGGGACAUUAUCAACAUAACCCCACAUUUACCCCUGAAUCUGUGUUUAUGUGUGCGUUAAAGCAGUGUGUGUAAGUGCUGGCAAAGUCUGGCAAAGUGUUACAUAAUUAUGUUUGUAAAUGCAGCUCUGAGCAGGUUUGAUGAAGGUGGAGAGGUUUCCUCCCCUGACAGGAAUGCUGACAGUCCAGACCGACCCUGCGUGUGUGUGUGUGUGUGUGUGUGUGUGUGUGUGUGUGUGUGUGUGUGUGUGUGUGUGUGUGUUUGUGUGCGUGUGUGUGCGUGCAUGUGUGUGUUUGUGUGCUCAGCUGCAGUGACUCUGGCGUUUUUUUGUAGCUGAGUAUCUAAAAUCACCUUAGUGUUUUUAUUAUUUACUACAAAAGUCAAUGAUAACCUCCCUGUAAAAAUUAAAUGGUUGUCAUGUUUUUUCCUGCAGUAAGACUGUUCUAAAUACAACACUGUAAAAAAAUAAAAUAGAUGGGGUUAGAUAAAUGUAACUGCAUAAAGGACUGUGAAAAAGAUUGUUGUUUUUUGACAAAAGGAACACUUACUGUUGCACUGAAAACUCUAAAUAAGUUUUGUAAUAAUAACUUCAGUUAAUAUAGACUACUUAAAAAAAGACAUGAAAUAUUUAUAGAGACAUGUGCUGUUGACCUCAUGGACAUGUCACUGCUGUUAAUGAAAUAAUCACAGUUUCAUCAGGUUAUUACCUGGUCAAAUAGAUAUUCAAUCUUUUGAUUCAAUCAGUCUACUGAUUGGGUUUGAGUUUUUAAUACAAGACUGAAAAAAAUGAAAACCUGUAAACGUAACUGAAGUUAAUCCAUCAAUAAUACACUGUAAAACAUAAAAUAGUUGUAUAAUUCUGCUAUAAUGUACCAAUAAUACACUGCAAAAAUACAUUAAUUUGUGUAAUUAACUGCAGUUUAUCAGUAAUGCAAUAUAAACUAGAAAAGCACUUGGAGAGCGCAGACCUCCGCCAAGCAGCUCAUGUCAUGUCUGUCUCAUGUCUUAUAUUGUGAUUCACACCAAAACUUUUACUACUACGUGUCUUUUAUUAACUUUUAUUUGUGUUUAAACUGGUAUGUUCACUGUUCAUAAUGUUCCUAAAACAACAAAGCUCAUAUUAGAUACAUAAAUGCAUGAUUUAUUAUGCAAUAUUUGUAAGCGUACACUUCCUUGUAUAUUCAUUGGUUAUCUUUCAGCAUUGAAAAUUCCAACGACACCCUUAUUUUUGUGUGUUCUGGAUCACAGUAUCCAGAAUUUUGUCUGGAUCAGGAUCAACCUUUGACACCUCAUAAAACUCAUUGAGAUCCUUUUGUGUAAUUUUAUACUAAAGACUCUGGCCGUUUUUAUAGAGUUAAAUGCAAAAAUUCCAAAAUUUGCCCUAUCUCACAAUGAUAAAGAAUUCUUCAAAAAAUUCCUGGAUCCAGAAGGUGAUCCGGAUCACCACCAAAAUGUGAUUGGAUCCUCCUGGGGCUGAAACACACCUCUGGUGAAAUUUUCAGGUCUGUAACUUUCUCCGUAAAGUUGCCAACAGACAAACAAACAAAUAAAGAAACAAACAUACAAACCAACGCUACCAAAAACAUAACCUCCUUGGCGGAGGUAAAAAUUAAAAUGUUGAGCCACAAUGUCAAGCGACACACACUUCACUAUAUGUAGGACUUUUUUUAAUAAUUUGUUAUUAGUAGUAAUUUUAUUAAUUAGUAAUUAUUAUUGAUCAUGUAGAAAAAACUCAUCUUGAAUCAUUAUGAACAGCUCAUCUGCAUUUGUGUAAAACUAACCUGAAACUCAAACCUACCAAUUGCUGGCAAAUUUAACUGAAUGUGUCAUAUUGUCUAGCUGGAUUAUAGGUGUGGGCAUUUCCUUCUGCAAAGAGUAAAUGCUCAAACUUAGGUUUCCCAAAUGAGAUGCAGAGACUCUAAACUUUGACCCUGAAGGCAGCAGCUCUGCUUUUUAAAUUACAGAGCAUUAAAUGGAUGUUGUACAGGAGUAAUUCAUGCUGUCAGGGGUGAGGGUCUGUAUUUGUUGACCUGUGCAGGUAGAGUUCACCCUGAAACCCUCCUCCAAAUUUUCCUUUCUUUCAGUAAAUUUUGAGUCUGGAUUUUAAAUAAACCGAACAGCCAGCUCAAACCAAAUAAAGGUGUUUGUAGUCCUGGAUGUGGCCCUGAUAACUCUAGUCCACAAUCAGAGUUCAGAUCAGGUCUCUGCUGGACUCUCACCUGUACAGAUGAAAAGGUGAGCACAGAGCAAACACAGUUAGUCAUUACUCACACUAAAUCACACACACUUAGCUUUGUACUGUUGCUGAUAAUGAUCUAUUAUUAUAUUUAUUAACAUUUAAAUAUAUCAUCAAGUUCUAGGUUUAUGUGCAUAUCUUAAUUUCAAAUGAUCUGUCUGCUGUUUUACAGUAGUUAUUAAUCUAAUCACACCCUUAUGGUAAUACAUAGAUGGUGUCACUUUCUUUGUGUGAUCUGAAUUAAAAAUACACACUAGUUGUUGCCUCCAUCUCUGAGUGGCAGCUCCGUGUCUAACAGGACUUGAAGCAGUUUGUGCCUCUUCCUCGUGUCGUUUUAACUCUUGUGUGUCACUUUGGACAAAAGUAUCUGCUAUAUGAAACAAACUUGAACACUUAUCACCAUCUCUAUUUCUAUAUUUUCAACUGUUUAUGUUACAGAUGAUAAUGAAACCAAAACAGGCUGACUGUUGAACUGUAUUCAGAGAGAUUUAAAAAGAUAGUCUGUGUUAUUUGUAAUUUCAUGAGGAUCCCAGUCAGCUUGGCCUCUUUGUUGAGAAACUGUCUGAAGCUCUCUUUUGUGUCUGGGGCUGGUUUCUGAAAAAGAGGCUGACUACCAGCCUCUGCAGACAGCAUUGUUUAGAUUGUUGUAACCAACUCUUACCCUAGCUCCACUCUCUUUGGGAUGUUGUUUAGUCAUUUCCUUUGCUGUCAGAGAGUCCUGUCAUCAUUUCAGUCUGUCUGCAGGUAGAGUAGAAAACAUGCAGGUGUUGUUGGCACAGCUCAAAAACACAACAGCUCUCUGACCACAAGGUGUUUUAAGUACCACACCCAGACUGGAUCACUACAGCUCCCCCACAGCCACUCCCCUCUCUCUCUCUCUCUAAAGCUGUUUGGUGUAAGUUCUUCUCCUCCUCAUGUUUUAGUUAAAGAAGACCGAAAUGUGAAGGUUUCUCUGCAGAAAGGAGGUUCAUACAGUAAACUUAUGCCCAAUAGUUUGCUUUUGUGUGUGUGUGUGUGUGUGUGUGUGUGUGUGUGUGUGUGUGUGUGUGUGUGUGUGUGUGUGGGUGUGGGUGUGUGCGUGUGUGUGUGUGCGUGUGUUCUGCAGCUGCAACUGUUUAGUGCAGCUCUCUCUCUCUGCCUCGCGCUGAUCACUUUUAAAGCUGCCCCAAGUUGUACUGUAGAAAUGUUGACACCAUAUGAGCUGCCUUGCAGCCUUAGAUCCUCAGGUAACACCCCGCCGUUCAUUCCAAAGUCAAGGUUCAAAUCUGAAGGUUCAAAUCACAAGGGCCCCUCGACUUGAUCAACUGGAUCGACCUCCUUAAGGAAGAGAGGUGUGCAAAAUCAGAGGCUUUGUUUGAAUCACUUUUGAAAGUCACUUGUACAGACUUUCUUUUAAGUAUUUUUACCUUUUUGACCACUUUUCAAGUUCAACUUCAUUCAUCUUGUUUGAAAACUUUAAUUUCUUCAUGCUUUUGUUCAGCCAAUUUUAUUGCCUGUCCCUAUCUGAUCCCCUCCUUUACUGUCUUUGAUUGCAUUCUUAGGGGAUGGUUUAGAAUUGAUAGUGUCAGUUUUGGGAGAGACACACGUGUCCUUUGGCAUGGUCAAGUCCUCUAGUUUUUGUCCUGCCUGUCUUAAAAUGAGUUUUUGAUGUUUAUCUUUUUAGGAAUCCGUUACAGCACCGAGGUCUGCAUGGAUGAGGUAAAAGCUCUGGCCUCUCUGAUGACCUACAAAUGUGCUGUUGUUGGUGAGUACACACUCACAUUGGUAAAAAUGUUAAAUUUUGAAAGGGUGGGAUAAUUAAGACUCUAUUUUCAUCAUGAUGUUUUCUAUAUGAAGGAUAGAUUUUAGUUCAUAGCAGAGAACAGUGGAGCUUUAUUGUGGUUCAGUCAUGCUGCUGUGACUCUCUGUGGUUGAACGCAGUGAUUUGUUUCAGAUGUGCCGUUUGGUGGAGCCAAAGCUGGAGUGAAGAUCAACCCAAGACAGUACUCAGUAAGUCUGAAAACCACUGCUGAGAAGUUUACUUAUUUACCUUGCUAUACUUAAAAACAGUCAGUCAGAUAGUAAGUCAGUAAGUCAGUCAGUCAGUCAUAAUGUCAUGUCAUAAUUUACAGUAAAAUUAAUAAAUGUCUUUUCUUCAGUAUGACUCCAACCCCAGCUCUUUUCUUUGACAUUGCCCUCUCUGUCUGCUUGACCUUUGACCUCAGCCUUCCACUGAUCACUGCACCUCUGACCUUUGACCCCUCCAUACAAAAGAAUUUCAGGGAUGUGAUUCAGUCAUAACAGACAAGUUACAAAACAGUUUAAUCAAAAGCAGUGUAUCUUCAGUCAACUUUCUGUCGUCACAAUUCAUGUCAAAGGAAACUAAAUUCUGUUGUAAAAUAAAUGAAAGUUCCAGGAGAAAGUCUGAGUGUUCGCAGCCUGCAGUAAAAUAACCAACACCCUGUACAAAAGAGACUAAAUGUGGACCUUUGAAAAAACACAGCUGAGUUUACGGUGACAGACCUCCACACUAACCUUAUGGUGGAUUUUUACUGGUGUGUUUUAUGAUGGGUUAAUUUCUGUGUUAUUUUAUCAUGAGCUUUUCUAUGUGUGUUUUUUUACGAUGAGUCAAAAUAAGUGUGUUUAAGUUAAUAUUUCUGUUUUUUGUGUAUUUUGAUAAAUACUACAAUAUGGUCAUAUUUAGAAAUUAUACCCAUAUUGAGAAAGGACAAGUGGCAUUGCUCUUUUUAACAUUAAAAAGAAGAAGUUUAUUGAUCUCCGAAGGGAAAUUCAGUGUACCUGUAUGUGAUUAAAUUUGCACUUAAAAGGUAAAGAAGCAUGAACAGUAUUAGGAGGUUCUUGUUAUCAUUUAUUGCUAAUGUUCAAGUGAAAAAUAAAGUUUUUGUGAUGAGUUUUUAUUUGUGUUUUAAGGACAUUGAGCUGGAGAAAAUAACCAGGAGGUUCACCAUCGAGCUCGCCAAGAAAGGAUUUAUCGGUGAGUGCCAAACUCUAAUACAAUGAUCAAAGUUUGUACUGAGGUGAAAGAAAAGAACUCCUGUUUGCCUGUAGUUAGGUAUCAGUUAUUAUCAGUUAUUAUCUGUCUUCUGCGUGUUUCUUGGAAAGGAGGAACUGUAAAUGGGAAUUUCCCUUUGUGGGAUUGAUAAAGGAGUAUCUUAUCUAAUCUUAUCUUAUCUUGUUAACCUGACAGAGAAACACCUGUCUGCCUGUAGUUCAGUGUCAGUCUAUCUGACCUAAACAUUAGCAUAGAUUCUGUGUUAUCACCUAUUGGUUACCGAGGCAGUGUUUUAAAGCCCAUCCUCAGCAGCCACUACAUGCAAAUGCAGACUUUUCCUAAACUCCAGUCAACUAACCAAAAGGCAAGAGUCGGCUUAAAGUGAGGCUAUAGCCUCCUCGCUAACAACUACAGGAAGCCCACCUGUCAGUCAAGUUAGCCACGCCUUUGAUUAUGUAUAUUUUCUUAUUCUGAUACCUACAAGAGUAAUCUGUUAUAAACAAUCCACUUCCUGUUCAGUGUGUGAGGGAGAAUGGUUGUGCUUUUGGCUGCAGAGGCCUCUGCAGACAGCCUCCAGUGGACACUAGAGGAACUGCAGGUUUUAGUACUUCAGCUAACAGGUAGACAGAUGUGUUUGACCUGUGUGUGUGUGUGUGUGUGUGUGUGUGUGUGUGUGUGUGUGUGUGUGUGUGUGUGUGUGUGUGUGUGUGUGUGUGUGUGUGUGUGUGUGUGUGUACAGGACCUGGUAUUGAUGUCCCUGCUCCAGACAUGAGCACUGGGGAGAGGGAGAUGUCCUGGAUCGCUGACACUUUCGCCACCACCAUGGGACACUAUGUGAGUCUGUCUCUGUGUUGCUCUCUGCAUCUAUCACUGAGGAAGAAUAAGGAUAUGAAUACAGAGAUGACAGGGACAGGAGGAGGAAUAUAAAUUCAGAGACAACAGAGGGGGGCGUAUAACGUGGUGUCUUAUUAUAACAGGAACAGCUGUUUUUUUGAAGUCUCAGCUUUUAAAACUUUAGGUAAAAAAUAGAGUCAAGCUUCACUCAGAAUUAGAGCUUUAAAAAACGAGGCUUAGAGUGUUGACAUGAAUAAAGUCAUAUUGUGACUUUUAGGUCUGAGUGAUUUAUGUUGUACUAUAGUUAUGAGGUUUGAUUUAUAUUCUGGAAAUAAUCGAAAAGCACUGGAGAGUUAAAUCUGGGAAUAAGACUGUACAGAAACAGGAUUAAGGAUUCAGGUGUACUCAGGUCAGCAGGGGGUUCAUAGUGGCACAUUUAAGGGGAAACAUAACUUUAAUUGUUUGCUUUUUUUGAUUUAAAGUGGUGCUUCAAAUCUGAAUUUUAAAUACAGCGUAGGUUCUGUAGAUAUCUUGUGCUUAAGGCCAUUUUUUUUGCUCCUGUGCAUUACCUUUUUUCCUACACUGUGCAUAUUUCUUCAUGUCUGUUCCGGUCACACUCAGGAGUCCACAGUUUGCCCUGCAGUGACAUUAGACACUGUAAGAUAUCAGCAAUUACCAUGGGAUAGCAUCUAUAACAUUAGAGACCAUUAGGGCACAUUAGAUACCAAUAGAAACCAUUGUAUAGUGUGGAAUAUAUUGAAAUACCAUCAAAUACCAUGAGAUAACAUUAAAUUCCAGCUGAAUUAUGGAGAACCAACUAAGGCAUAAAACUGUGAUAAAAGGCUAAAAGAUUUUCUGACUCCCUCUGAAGGAUUCAAAGGUUGGAUGAAUGAACUACACUUCAAAGAAUUGAACUGUUGUCAGACACAGCCUGAUUGUAAGGGUAUGACUCUGGGCUCAGGGUCGUCCUAAGAAAAUUUCUCAUGAUUUUUACUGAACGCUUAGUGGGUUAAUAGGGGAGUGAUCCCCAUGUCAGUCAUUAAUGAGGCUGUUUCAGAGAUAUACAAACCACCUCACCGUUGAACCAAGGUCAACAGCUCUGACAGUGAUGUUCAGCUUUUCAGAGAUGCUACGAUGUUACAAUGUCCUUUAGCAGACGCUCUUGCCCAAAGCAACAUUCAUUUGAGAGCAAGAACAACACAAGCAAAGAUUUUGACAAGAGGAAACAAGAUCAGUAAAAUCAACAAAGUUUUUCAAGUCCAUUUGAAGGCAGGCACUGCCAAGCAGUGUUAAAGGCAAUGGACCACAGUGAAUAAAGGUUUUUAUUUUAAUAGUUUUUUUUUUAAUUUGAAGAAAAUCAACCAAGACGCAACCAAACCUCAGUGAAAGACCUCUCAUCAUCACCAUCGAUUAUAUUGUCUUUACCACAAUAAUGACCAAAGUACUGAGUGCUGGGUCACUCACAAAGAGCUAGGCACAAAAAUCCCAGAGUAGAGCAGGACAGAGAGUUAUCUGUAGCUGAAGACUCUUUCAACCACUGGGGACAACAGUGAAGACUAGUCUAGCUAAAAGCAAAGUGUUCUCUAUAAAGCUGGGUCUUCAGCUGUCUUUUGAAAGUAGAGAGGGACUCUCUUGGAUGGAGUUGGAGAUAGAUCGCUAACAACAAGAAAGAUAGUCAGAUAGCCAUUGAGCAUGUCUGAUGCUCAGAGACUUUUCUCAGUCAGGCUGGUUUUUAUCUCCCUCUUCCCCAUUGAGUAAAGCUGACAUUUCAGUGAGAUCCAGCCUACUGCAGCGUCCAAUCAGUGAGUGAUUUUCAAGAAGGAGGCAUGUCUGUUAGUGAGAAGACUUCCCUAAAGGCUGCUUUGGUGUGUCCUCUCUCCUCUCUCAUGCUGUAAGAGGGGUUAAGAGCUUUGGAUCAGCACUUACCAUUGUGGGUCUGUACUUCUGGUUUGGCUGGAUAGAGUAGACUGCAUUUGGGGGCUUUGGGACCCACAGAGAAUCAGAUCAGGUCUUAGAGAGGUCCUAUCUGAAUUCAGGUUCAGGAGCUCUUUGCUCAGAGGAUUCUCAGAGGAUCAUGGGAACUGCAGUUCAGAGUGUCUCCUGCUCUUCCUGUUUUUGCUUCGGGCCUGAAGUCACAGAUGCUGUUCAGGUUAAUGUUCAUCUUCACGUUGAUGUUGAUAUUCUCACUCUUUUUGUCAGUGUUGACAUUGCUGUUGUUGUCAAUGUCCUCUUUUCUGUUGUUGUUGCUGCUGCUGAUGUUGUUGUUGUUGGUUGUUGGCAGAGUGACACCCCCUCCCUCCUCCGUUGGGGACCUGUGUCUAAGGUAAAUCCUGUUCUCUUUUAGUCUGCUGGGGUCUAGAGGUCUGGUCAUUCAGCUGGUCUGAACUGGACAGGAGCCCGUUGGUUUGCCCGUGGGGAACCCUGUUUUCUUUCUGCUGGUACCUGGGAUGUAGGAGGUAGUGUGCUGUCUGCCUUUACCUGUGUGUGGGCUCAGGUGUAGACAGGGAGUCCUUCAGAGCCUGAAAGUGUUUAAAUCAUAGAGCUUUAUAGCCAAAAAGAACCCAAAGUUCCUGAUCAGAAACAAAACCUGGAAAACCUGAGUAGGAAAUUCUGUUAAAAAGAGUUUGAUGAAACUAAAAUAUAAAGCUUUUGAUGACACAGUCAUGAAGAAACCCCUCUCUUUUGUCUUUGUUAAUCCUGGUGUUUUUAAUGACAGUACUGCUUUUUCCCUCCAUCAUCAGCUGUGUUGUCACUUUUUCUGUCAGUGUAAACCACCCUCUGUCUGCCCCUGACUGUCUGUGACACGAAAAAUCAAACAUGAGAGGUGCUGAGACUGAGGAAAAACAAUCUAAUAACUGUCAUUAAAAAACUUGGUAAAGUGCAGUAAUGAUGUUUAAUGAGAUGGAUUCAGUUAUCACACCUCACAUCCUCCACGUUUCUCUGUCUCUGACAUCCUGUAACCUGGACGGGCUCAAAGCUUUCUCUUUGGUCUGUUCUGGGGUUGUCCUUCAGAGAGUUAGCUCAGUUUGAGUCCUUUAUAUCCCAACACUCUGAUGCUCUGUGUGGUUUCAUCCACCAGAUGAACAAGUUUAAAUAAAAGUGAUCUGUCUAGAUGCUGAUUGCAUGGGUUAGAAAAAUUGGAGUAGGUCUGUCUGAUCACUGAUUGGUUAGAUGGGUAUAAAUGGAGGUGGUCUUUCUGGAUGCUGAUGGGUUAGUCAGCUUUUAAAUUAAGGUAGUCUCUCUGGAUGCUGAUUGGAUUGACAGUUACAAAGGAGGGCUGUCUGAAUAUUAUUGGAUAGUUGUUUAUAAAUCUAGACAUCCUCCUGGAUGCUGAUUGGAUGGUUAAACCCGGAGGGGGAGGUUUGUCCCUUUUUCACUGCAGUUUCUUUAUUUUGAAAUAGAGUUCAUAAUGCACAGUACAAACUAGGACGCAAUUAAAAUUAUUGUCUUUAAAAAGUUAAAGUGAAAAAAUCUAUUGGCUGUUUUAACAUAAAGACUUUUUGCAGUUACUGUAACGUUGUGGGUUAUGUAUUUUUUUACCUGGCUGUAGAGUUUUCCGACUCUCCUCACCAUUGUCUGACUGUUGUUGAAGUUAAAAAAAAAAAUCGCAAUGCUGGUAACAUGUUUCAGAUGUUGAAAACAGUCCACUGAAAAUGGCAUUAACCCUGGUCUGGGUUUAUGUAACUUCAAAGUUAAAAUACAGGUGCCUACAUCUGAACCUCUUCAGUGACUCUGAAAUCAUCAAAGUCUUCUUGUGCAGCCUUUUUCUGGAGGGUGUACAGUUUUCAGUUUUCUGUAUGCUAUGCAGGUAAAAAAAGAUUCAGCACAGACAGACAAACUCUAUUGUUUAUCCUCUGUUUUAGAUGGUCAAACACUUGUUUCACUGAACUGAAACAUUCAGAAACUAAGUACUUCUUUUAUUUUCUCUGAAACUGUUUCUAUAUAUCUGUGUUUGUAAAGGACAUCAACGCUCAUGCAUGUGUCACUGGGAAGCCCAUCAGUCAGGGAGGAAUCCACGGCCGAAUCUCUGCAACUGGGCGAGGAGUUUUCCACGGCAUCGAGAACUUCAUCAACGAGGCAGCCUACAUGAGCCAGCUGGGGAUGUGCCCUGGCUUCCAGGACAAGACUUUCAUCAUCCAGGUACACUUAAUACUCAUCAUCACCUGAUAACAAUCUGUGAUUCAAACCAAAUACAAAACAGCUAACAUCCUCAAACACAGAGACUGUUCAGUUAGCACGGUUUAUUUAUGCUUAAAAAACUUACAAUGUUAUUUCAUAAUCCUGAUGCUGUCCAUUUCUAACUCAUGAUCCUGCUGCUGUCAAUCACACCUACAUUACCUAACUGCUGUCAAUCACAUCUACAUUACCUAACUGCUGUCAAUCACAUCUACAUUACCUAACUGCUGUCAAUCACAUCUACAUUACCCAACUGCUAUCAAUCACAUCUACAUUACCUAACUGUUGUCAAUUACACCUAUAUCAUAUAACUGCUGUCAAUCACAUCUACAUUUUCCUGUUGCAGUAUUCUUUAUCUCAUUCUUCUGCUGCUGUCUGUCAUAAUUUUAUUAUCCUGUCACUGUCUAUCUCUUAUCUUAUUGCCCUUCUGCUGUUUAUUUUUAACUCAUUAUCCUACUGAUAUCUAUCUUUAUCACAUUAUCCUGCUGCAUCAUAACUACAUCACCCUGCAGCUAUCUUAAUCUCAUUACCCAGCUUCUGUCUAUCUUAAUCUCAAUAUUGUGCCGCUAUCUUUUACUAUCUCACCAUCCAUCUGUCGCCGUCAUAACUGCAUUGUCUUGCUGCCGUCUAUUUUGUAUCUUACUAUCCUGCUGCAGAGAACAAUAUCGACAUUAUUCUGCUGCUGCACAUAAUAACAGCAUCAUCCUGCUGCAGUUCACAAUAUCUACAUUAUCCUUCUGCACCCCGCAAUCUCUAUAUUAUCCUAUCAUCUCAACAUCCUCCUGUCACUAUCGUAACUGCAUUGUCCUGCCUCUGUCUAUAUUAAUCUCAUUAUGAUGUCUAUGUUGUCUAUUACAUCUACAUUAUCAUGCUUCCAUCUAUCACAUCUACCUUUUCCUUGCCUCUUUCAUUUUUUAUCCCAUUAUCCUGCUACUUUUUACAAUACCUGCACUACCCUGCUGCUGUCCAUCUGUCCUUCAUUACCAUGCUGCAGGUAUUUUAAAGACAGUUUUUUCUGCUUUAUCUUUUCCAUGUUACAUUACCUGUGCUAACACACAGGUUGAUUACAUAAAUCUGUAAUGAUAGGACAGUUUUCUCUGCAGAAGUUUUGUGAAUAUGAAACUUGUUGUUUAGCUGUCAAACAUUCCUCCUCCUCCCCUAGAUGAUAAACAGUCAGUGUGGUUUGGGCAGAGAGUGGUCUAAGGUUUUAUUUACAGCAGUUUGAUGAUUGAGAAAACUUCCUCAGCUCUCUUCGUUGGUCUGUUUUCAUGUAAUUUCCCUGAAAUCCUCACAGAUGAGUCACGGGUGAGUCAUCGUAGACUCAAACGUUUCCUUAAUUUUGAGGCCUGAGGUCAGAGCCAGACACAGCACUUAGCUUUCACUGCUCUCAGUGAGCUCCUUACUUAAAUAAGGAGCUUUCAAUGAAGAAUCCUGACCUCCCAACCUCCUCUUGUCCUAUCCUCCUAUUCUAUUCUCCUUUCCUCAUAUCUUUUUAUCUUACUUACUUCCUUACUGCCUAUCCUACUGUUCUCCCUUGGUAGAGAAACUCCUCAGCCUCUCAGAGUCCUCCUCAGAGUGCCCCUCUUUGUGGUCAGUCUGACUGACAAAGUGAUUCAGCCCAUAGCUUUGACUCUCUAAGGGGACCAUCGAUGUCUAAAUAAUAUUCAGCCUUCAGCCUCUUGCCUGAAAAAUAACGCAGAUCUUGCUGGGUUCAAUGUGCCCUCUGUCUCAUCUGCAGGGCUUCGGUAACGUGGGCCUUCACUCCAUGCGCUACCUUCAUCGUUUUGGGGCAAAGUGUGUUGGAGUCGGAGAAAUGGACGGAAACAUCUGGAAUCCUAAAGGCAUUGACCCGAAAGAGCUGGAGGAGUACAAACUGGUCAGUCCUGGUUAUUGUUAUUCGAUUUGAUAUUAGAUAUAAAAACUUAAUAAGAGCCUCACUCUGAGAGUAACUCAGCUGUUGAUACUGGAGUCUACUGCUCUACCUGCUGGAUGAUUGGAGUCACUACAGCCCCCCUCUGUAAACUUAGAUCCAUGGGAAUGUGUAAAUCUGAUUUACUGCUUACACAUUCAAAUUUACACAGCAGGCAUUUCUAUAAACAUAGUGAUGAUUACUCAUAUAUAAAUAUUUUCUUUAUCUGUUUAAAAGUACAUUAAACACAUAAACAUGCACUUCAUUAACUGCAUGAUCAAGCUACAUUAUUCUUAAUAUACAUUAUUUAAGUACCUUAUUAAAUAACUCAUCCAAAUUAUUCAAUUUAUAAAUCUAGAUUAUUUAAAAUUUUCAUCUUUUCUUCAGGCCAAUGGAACGAUCGUCGGUUUCCCCAAUGCCACACCGUAUGAAGGAAAUAUCCUGGAGGCUGAAUGUGACAUCCUGAUUCCUGCUGCCAGCGAGAAACAGCUGACCAAGAGCAACGCACACAAGAUCAAAGCCAAAGUAACACACAUGGACCUACUCUGUCACACAAACACAAACACCAUCUAUAUAUCUAUUUUUUACAGCUUCGAUAAGAGUUUGUCAAAAGACAUGUCAGAUGUUGAAUCUGAAACAUUCUUUGAUGAAUGUUUAUCCUGUGUCAACAACCCUUCUGUUCCCAUCACUCUGUAAGCCUUAGUGAACCCAGCAGACCAGUUUCUGGAGGAUAGAGGAUGUCAGCUGCUCAACAGUUCAGGAUCUCCUUUGUCCUGUUAUUGGUGUCAUGAUGCUCCAAAUGUUUCCAAUGGGUUACAAGUCAGGAAAAAGUCAUAGUUUGGAUGAUAGCAGAAGUUGUUCCUAAACCUGUAGAUAUUCACAGAUGUGGCAGCUACUCAUGACAUGGACUCUGAUGAUCCCCAUACAAUCAGGGAUUCUGGAUUUGAGUUGGGAGCUGAGAACAAGCUUAGUAGUAGUAGUCUAAAGUUACUCUUUAGAGGGGGUCUCUGGUCCAGAGAUGUCUCUGGUGUUUUUUUGGAUCAAACAGUGGUUUUUGGAAGUGAUUUUGAGCCAAUGCAGUAAUUUUAACUCCAUAGUCCUGUCUAAUUUCAAUGCAGUGCUGCCUAAGGGCCUGAAGACCAGGACCCUUUUGUACUGAGAUUUCUCCAGAUUCUCUGAAUCUUUGAAUGAUAUCAUGUACUUAAGAUGAUGAAAUCCACUCAUUCUUUCAUGUUUUACACUGAGGAACAUUAUUCUGAAGCUGUUAAACUAUUGGCUCACACAGCCUCUCUCAAAGUGGUGAACCUCUUCCCAUCUCCUCUUCUGAGAGACUCAGCCUCUCUGAAUGUCCUUUUCAUACCCAGUCAUGUGACUAACUUGUAGGAAAUUAACCCCAUCAGUUAGAGAUCUUUCUCCAGCUAUUUUAGAGAAUUACACAACUUUUUACCUGUUUGGUUGCUCCUCUAACAUUCUUUUUAUUUCUCUGAAUUAUUAUCCAGUUUAAUCUGCUCUUUAACAAAUUUCCUAUUUACUGUUAAUCUGAUGAAACCUGGGGUCAGUGUGAGUUUUCACAAUGUCAGUUAAACUGUAAAGUGUGUUCGAGGUCAGUUUGUCUUCAAUGUUUCACUGAUAUGUACAUGAAGACAUCAUGCUGUAUUGAAGUUUCUAUUGGUUAACAGUGAGAUGAACUCUGGCGUCUGUAAACACACUGACUAAAAACAGUGUUAUUUUAAAUUAAUCUGACUUUUGAUGAUGACUGUAGUUAAGGUAAAUUUGAUUUGAUGAGAGCUGAUUUCCCAGCAUGCCUCAGUAAAGUGGCUUUGCUUCUGUUAAACUUUCAGAUCAUUGCAGAGGGAGCAAAUGGUCCGACCACACCUGAGGCCGACCGCAUCUUCCUGGAGAGGAACAUCAUGGUGAUCCCGGUCAGAGACUUAAAUGUCUUUAUUUUAGUUAUCAGCAUUCAAAUUAGGAUUGUAACUCAAUUUUCAUAAUUGAUAAAAACACAUUCUUCUGAAAAUGAUGAUUUAAUAUCACUAAAAUCAAAACAAACAGCUUUGAAACUGUUCAGCCUCUAUAAUGACAGUCAGAUAUCUGUCUCAUCAAACUGUUUGAUUUGUUUACUCUCUCAUCUCAAUACUAACUACUUAUUUUACUUCUCUCCGUCUCUCCUCGUUUCCUCCUCUCUUUUUCUCUCUUUGUCUCCUUAAAACAGGACAUGUAUCUGAAUGCCGGAGGUGUGACCGUUUCUUACUUUGAGUGGCUGAAAAAUCUGAAUCACGUCAGUUAUGGCCGCCUUACCUUCAAAUACGAGAGGGACUCAAACUACCACCUGCUGAGUGAGUCACACCAAACUACCACCUGCUUUAUCUAACUACCUCUGAUUUAUAUGAAAGUGCCACUUGCUGAGUAAUUCACACCUGUUUAUAUCAAACCUAUCAAAACUACCACCUAUUUAUAGCAUACAACUGCCUGCUGAGUGUGUCACAUCUGUUGAUAUUGAACUAUCGUGUGUUGGUCAAAGAUUAAAUUCUUAUGUUUUAUCAAAGCAAACCAUUGUUUAGUACAUGAUAAGAAAAUAAAGUCUUAAGAACUUUGUUUUUAAUGAACAGGUUUUCAAGUGUACUACCAGGUUUUAAGAUAUGAGGGCUUAAAAUAAUGAAGUUUAUAUUCAAAUUUCACAAUUUCAAACCAGAUUAUUGAGUGUAAAGUACGUUUUUGAUAAGAUCAUGAUUAGAUUAAAAUCAAGUUAUAGAGUUUUAAGAUGAUGUUUAUUGGGAUUACAGUCUAGAGAAUAUUAUCUGUGAGUUUUUUCAAUAUUGAGAUUUUCUGUAACUGAACAAUACACUUCAAAUAAUUACCUCAUUUAGUUUAUGUUAAUGACAUGUUUACUACAAACCAAUACAUUAAAAUUACUACAUAUUAACUCCAUAAAAACUAAAAGUCCACUCAAUAUUUACUAUGUUGACUACAUAAUUACAUGAUUACCUAACAGUUACUUCAGUUGUUUUAAAAAAAAUAAAAAUUAGACACCCUGCUUGCUUUAAGAGUUUUUCAAAUUAAAGUUUCUGCUGCUUAGAAAAGAUCACAUCCUGCUGCCUGAGUCUUUUAUUGUGAAGGAGUCUGUUGAUGUUUUUGUGCUGUGCUGAUAUUUGACUAGUUUUACUAGUUCAACUGAAGUUAGUGGCCCAAGUGUGAUUUUACAGUCUUCAGGGUGUUGGUCAGAAGUUUAACCCCCCAACCCCUUGCUGUUUCUCCCACCCCCUCAGUGUCGGUUCAGGAGAGUUUAGAGAGGAAGUUUGGGAAACAUGGUGGAGCUAUCCCAAUCGUUCCCACCUCAGAGUUCCAGGCCAGGAUCUCUGUGAGUAUAUCCUCCUCUUCAUCUUCAUCUGCCUUCUCCUCAUGAUCUUCCUCGUCAACUUCUUCUCCAUCAUAUUACUUAAUCAUCAUCGUUACUUUCAUUAUCAUCAACAUAAUUACCUACAUCACCAUUACCCUCCUAGUAAUAUCAUCAGUACCUUUAUCAUCAUCAUAAUCAUCAUCACUAUUGUUCCUCUUCUGUGGUUUUGAUGGUUGUCUGUUCUGUUCACAGGGAGCUUCAGAGAAAGAUAUUGUUCACUCAGGUCUGGCCUUCACCAUGGAGCGCUCUGCCAGGGUAACAGACACACACCCACACACACACACACACGACACACACAAAUUCCUAAUCAUAUCACUCUUGUUUAUGUUGUUGAUCAUAUGUGAAUUAUGUUUUUUUCCAGUUUACCUUUAUGACCCUAAUUAACAUAACUCUGCCUGUUUCUGUUUGCACAGCAAAUCAUGCGAACAGCCAACAAGUAUAACCUUGGUUUGGACCUGCGGACAGCGGCAUAUGUAAACGCCAUCGAGAAGGUGUUCCAGGUGUACAAUGAGGCUGGACUCACCUUUACAUAGAGUCACACUGCACACACCUAUCUAUCACUGUUACCUGUCUGCCUGUUACCUAUCACCUGUCUGUUACCUUUCAGCCUGUUGCCUGCCAUUGCUUUUACCUGUUGAUCAGUUGUUCCUUGUCUCUGCAGGAUGUCUUCCUCUCUCCUGUCAGUGUUUACGGUUUAUUACAGCAGACUGAAGGAGGAGUGAUAGACCGUCUCUGUGUUCAUUCCUUCUGUUCACCUGUUCACCUUUCUCCUCUUCAUCCUCAUCUUCACUGUCUAUGAAACUUAAACCAAACACAGGUGUGUAAGCGUUACAAUCAUAAUCUGCUGCUCUGAACACAUCUGAUAUAGGUCUUAAUCUGAACACCUGGACACACAGGUGUUCAGCCUUAAUGCUCAGAGGAACUCUGUCACCUUUACCUGCAGCACCAUGUGGACGAAAUUCCGUGGACACCUUCAUCCCUCACCUGUGUGGAGCUCAGUGAUCCAUGUGUUUCUACACCUGAAAGGUUAUUAAACUGAGCUCAUGAAGGUGUUUCAGAUGUUUUAUUAUCAGUGACUACUUAAUGUUAGUCUGGUCAGAUUCAUGUUAGAAGUGGAGGCAGUUUGAAGGUGUCUACAGGCUUUUGUCCACAGAGUGUCCUCACCUGUCCUCAGUGACCAGCUGGUAUAGAUGACUGUUUUUUUUUAUUAAAUGCAGAGCACAGUGCCUCAGGUCUUUAGCUUUAAUAUUUACUGCCUUAAAACUCAGAGACACUUUAUUAAGGGAGCAUUCUGCUGUUUUCCUCUCUUAACUCCUAAAUAUCCCCAGAUUUUAUUCAGCUGCCAAAAAAUACUUACAGAGAGCAAAUUAAUUUUGUUUUCUACUUUACAGAGACAAAACGUACUGUAUUCUGCCAAUGAACCGGCGCUGACUCUGUUUUCUGAACCAUACCUCACACACUUAAUUAAUCCAUCAGUCUGUAGUUAAAUCACAGUUGUCUUGGCCUGCUGAGAAACACACCUAACCAUAAACACAGGAACCUCUCAGCACCGACUCAGACACCUGACUGGAUGGUUAAGGCAUGAAAACAGCAUGGAAUGGUCCUUAAUUUUUUCACUCUUUCAACAUUUAGUUGACCUUAAACCAAAAAAACAAAACAAAAAUGGACAGUUUACUGUUUUUAGCCUUCAGGUCACAGCACAGCUGUAGCUUUUGCUAAUGCUUAUGCUAGUCUAUGCAGUAAUUCUCUGCAGGUUGUUGCCUGCUCACAAACACACCACACAGACUGUCUGAUCAGAUUUUAGCACCAAGUGAAAAACAAACUCAGCCUGAGGGUCCACGCUCUCCUCAGGAACAUCAGCAGAACUUUUAUAGAUAUAGUGGGUCACACCCUGAGGAUCAGUCAGCAGGUGUUUCUACCUGUCUGUCAGAGAAAUCAGACUCUGGGAUUGGUUGCCCAGGAGUCUGAUUAUAUUUUCACUGUUAGAGUUGAGAAGUGAGAGUCUCAUUUCAGAAAGUUAGUUUCACAUUAAAACAAACUAUUCCUCUUCAGAUUAUAAAUUAUUGAUCAUAUUACAAAUUUUUAAAUAAGAUUAUAAACUAUUGAUCACAUUACAAACUUUAUUAUCAGAUUAGAAACUUAAUAGGUUACAAACUUGAAAAUCAGAUUUAAAAAGCACUGAUCAGAUAACAAACUUCAUUAUCAGAUAACAAACUUCAUAAUCCGAUUAUAAAGUCAUUCAGACUAUAAACUAAAUGGUCAGAUUAAAAAACUUUCAAUCCGAUAAUCAACCCAGUGAUCAAUGAAUGAAAGAGUUUAAAGAUAAUGAUCAGAUCAUGAAGGUAAAAGUCUGAUUUUUGAGUAAAAAAUCUGGUUUUCAGAGUAUAACAUUUAUGAUGUGAUUAUGAAGUUUAAAACCAAGUUAAAGACAGAUUAUAGAGUUUGAAAUUUUAUAUUGCGGUAAAAAUGAGAUUAAUGAGUUGAUAAUCGGAUUAUGAAGUUUGAAGUUAGAUUUUAGAGUUUGCGAUCAGAUUAUUAAACUCAUAAACAGAUGAAAGAAGUUAAUGAGGAGUUAUUUUUUUUUCUCUUUCAAGGUUUUGUCCCGACUGCAUUUGGAUAAAUGUGUUUAAUCUGAACUUUUAUUUUGGAGUGUGUAAACUCUGUGGUGAUCUGCUCUGAGAGUCUGUGUGAGGGACUUUUUACUCCUUUUUGUUUAAAUGACACAAAAUAAAUAAAGUUCAGAAAAACUG